AUGAUGAAGUGGGCCGUUGUCCUCUGUGCCCUGGUGGCUCUCUCCGAGUGUAUGCACAAAAUCUCAUUGAUUAAAGGGAAGACAGCUAGGGAGGCUCUGGAAGAGAGAGGCUUGUGGGAGGAGUACAGGAAGAGACACCCCUACAACCCAAUCAUCAAAUUUGACCCCAUUGCUGCCGCAGCUUCAAAUGAGCCCUUGACUAAUGACGCUGAUCUGGCCUAUUAUGGAGUCAUCUCCAUUGGAACUCCCCCCCAGUCCUUCAAGGUGGUCUUCGACACCGGAUCCUCAAACCUGUGGGUGCCCUCUGUCUACUGCAACAGCGCCGCCUGCGGCAACCACAAUACCUUCAACCCCAGCCAGUCCUCCACCUACCAGUCCACUUCCCAGACCCUCACCAUCCAGUAUGGAACGGGCAGCAUGACUGGAAUCCUGGGAUACGACACUGUCACCGUUGCUGGCAUUGUGGACACCAACCAGAUCUUUGGUCUGAGUGAGACAGAAGCCAAUUUCAUGUACUACAUGGAGGCUGAUGGCAUCCUGGGCUUGGCCUUCCCCUCCAUUGCUGCCUCUGGGGCCACCCCUGUCUUUGACAACAUGAUGAGCGAGGGUCUGGUGUCCCAGGACAUCUUCUCCUUCUACCUGAGCCGCAACGGCCAGACUGGCAGUAUUCUGACUCUCGGUGGAGUUGACCAAUCCUACUACAACGGCCAGAUUAACUGGAUCCCUCUUUCCUCUGAGAGCUACUGGCAGAUCACCAUGGAUCAGGUUACCAUCAAUGGCAAUACUGUGGCCUGUGCUGGUGGCUGCCAGGCUAUUGUGGACAGUGGCACCUCUCUGGUUGUUGGUCCAACUAACGACAUCAGCAACAUCAACGCCUGGGUUGGAGCCUCUCAGAACCAGUAUGGAGAAGCUGUUGUGAGCUGUUCCAACAUUGGAAGCAUGCCCAAGGUGACCUUCACCAUCAAUGGAUAUGACUUCACCCUGCCCGCCUCUGCCUAUGUUUUCCAGAGAAGCAGCGGCUGCUCUACUGGAUUUGGCAAUGGUGGAAACGACCAGCUGUGGAUCCUGGGUGAUGUGUUCAUGAGGGAGUACUACUCCGUCUUUGACAGGGCCAACAACAGAGUGGGUCUGGCCCAGGCUGUCUAG